CAUACAAACCGAGUUCCGCCAUAAAGGCGCUGGGAUCGCAGCCCGCAUCAUCUGUGUGACGUGGAGCGCAGCGGUGUCAGCAGCAAUCCUGCGUUUGAAGCAGCCCCUUUGGGUGAGCUUACCUGGACGUCGGGAGCCAUCGCAUCAUAAAAAAUGACAAGGGGCAACCAGCGAGAACUUGCUCGCCAGAAAAAUGCCAAAAAACAGAUGGACCACACCAAGGGUAAGAGAGGCGAGGACGGGCUGUCAGCUGCCGCCAGGAAGCAAAGGGAUGCGGAGAUAAUGCAGCAGAAGCAGAAGAAGUCAAGCGAAAAAGCCGACACUAAACCAAAAUAACACGGGACGCAAUUAAUUUUUAUUCAAGUAUUAUGACUAUCACUAAUGUCACUAAUAUUGCGAGAACUGAGCUGUCGAUUAGUUUUUUUAGGAUGUAGAUGCAUUGUAUUCGUGUACCUAAUUUUCUGGGGGGGAGGGGGGUAAAAUCGUUUGGUUCUGGAAAGUGUUAUUUUGCUAUGAAAGUGUGACUUGAUAGCUGACAUUUAAUUGCCUCCAGUUGUACAGGUUCCUUACUUCUAAAGUGUAUUAAGUGCAGACACAAUGCAACUUUUCUGUGCUGGUGUUAUUUUUGUAUCCUGAAACCCCAUUUUAAGUUAAUAAAAGGUAGCUUUUUAAUUGCCA